AUGGCUAAAUCAACAAAACAACAACAACCGUCUGAUUCUAAAAUGGUUAGUUCUGAACUAUUUAUUUUGACAUAUGGAGCAUUAGUCAACGAUUUGAUAAGUGAUUUGGAAUCCCCUGAGGAAGUUAAUCGUCAGUUGGACAAAAUUGGUUAUAAUAUGACAAAGGUAAAAACGAAAAUGGCAAAAACGCCUACUUUGGUGUAG